AUACUGCCACAAACAAGUUCAGUAAGACCUUCAGCUAUUAUGCUUUAGGCUUACAGAGCUUACCUACAACUAUUGCUAUUUUGUUUCUCAGAUUGUAUGUAUGUUAAUAAAAAGACAAUGACCAAAUAGGUAGGUAACUACAACUGGUGUGCUGUAAUGUAAAUUUGCCAGUGGAAAUGGACAUUACACACUGCCAAAUAUUGAGUAUAAUGGCAACUAAUCAUAAUUGUAAUGGGACACUACCAUCUCCGCAAACAACCUUAUUAACAAAUGAAAAUGCCAAUGAAAAUUUGCCUUGUUUAUCUCCAGUAGAAAUACAACAAGAAUAUUAUGAAAACCUGUCAGAUUGUGACUGGGUGAAAUAUGAAAAAUCAGAGAGGAACUUAUUGUUACAAAAUGUAGCCUUUGCACUAUUUGGGGGUCCUAGUAUAGAAGGAGAACUGACAAUGGUCAAAGCAGGUCAGAGUGCUCAUUUGGAAGGCUACACAACAAGACAACAAGAAGCAGUCUUGAAAGUAUAUAAAAAGUUGUGUGAACAAAGCAAAUUUUCACAGAAUGAUGAGGACAUAAUGAUGACAGUACUCCUCACAGUAUGUGCUAAACCAAAACCACUCAAAUUCUACAACAUCCAGCCAGCAAACUAUUGGAUAGAUCUGCACCAACGCAACGACAUUGAUAUUUGGUGUACUCCUGUUUUCAGGGUGAGGAAAUGCAUCCCUACUACUGUUGGUGCCAAGUCAUGCAGAGUUUAUAUUGAUGAAAAUGCAAGAGUGUAUCAAGACUGGGAUUCUUAUUUAAAAAAUAAUACAUUGCCAAAGUGUGUCCUUAUUGUACCAGAAAAUGGAGAAUACAAUGGAACUAUUGUGGAGGGGGAUGAAGCGUUUGCAGUGAAACUAUCAGUGGUUCCGUCCCCCUCACUGGGUGUUACCGCGCGAGUGCUCAGUUCAGCGGAUACCGUCAGCACGGUGGCUUCCCUGGGCGCGUUAGGAGUACUAGGAGUGGCGGCCGUCACUCCCGUAGGACCUGCAGUCUUGGCCGGGGCAGCGGUGGCGACUAUCACCACGGGAAUCUACGGCCUCGUCAGGUCUUCGUACCAUCUCAAAGAUAGGAGCGCUCAUGAACAGACCAUCAGUAUAAAAGAUCCUGAGGCUCGAGGCAGUUGGAUCAACAUAGCGGCGUCAUCCGUCGGUUUGGCCGCGGGCGCCGCAAGCAACCUCUUGUCCAGGUCCGCCGCCGCUGGCACCAAUCUCACUAAGACUGGCCAAGUUCUUACUGUAUCCGUGGAGGUUCUUCGUCGCGCCAACCUCUUCACAGGCGCCGUCGGCGUCAUCAACAGUUUGGCCCAUAUUAUUGUUAAGUACCGCAAGCACGGUGAGAAGCCGACCAAGUUGGAACUAUUCCAGUUCACAACCGCUACUUUGUUCUUCUGCAACGCCGUGAUGUCCAACCGAACUGCCCAGAAUAUAAUAGAAGAAGCCCAAGCAUCCACCAUCAAUAAUUACCGGGCUUCGCUUAGGAGCAACAGACACAGGAAAAUAUUUGACAAGCUGAGUGCCGAGUCCCGGCGAGUGCAAGGCAACGUGCAAGGUAAUGCAGAAGUCAUACAAGGCAUCAAGAACAUCGCGAACAAAGACCAAUACUUCGCAGACGUGCUCAGGAUCAACAAAGAUGUGAAUCAGCACAAGUUGAGGAUAUCCAUGACCGCGGACGGCGAAGUGAAUUUGAAUGCGCAGCACAAAUUCAGCCCUUCUGAAUUGUCGAGCCUGGGUAAGGAAGGUAGAUCCCAACUAUUCGGUAAUUUAGGCCCAGCCGCGGUCGGUACGAAGAAUGUACCAACCCGCCUUACCACUUCGACGACUGCAGUAGGCAGAUACGAAGAAGAAAACGAUAGCGUCAUGGUUGGUAUCCACCCGGGCGAAAUCAUACGCAUCGGAACUUUACUUGUACGAGUGAGCGCUUCAGGAGCUGAAAACGUGGCUUUGUUGCUUGAAAAUCUGAGCCAAGACGUUCACGCAAAUUUAAUGACAGUGGCAUUUAAUAUCCUUUCCAAAUUGUUGCCAGAAGAUAUAGCAAAACUAAAGCUGCUUAGCCCUGACGAGGAUUUGAUCGCUCAAGUAGUGAAAUUCGUUUUCAAUUACCUGAAACACAAAAGGCCGAUGGGGGAGGCAGAUCCUGAUGAUAACAGCAUCAUGUUAGUACUGAAGGAAUUCUUCCAAGACGGUUUGAUUCGGCAAGAUACUAUAUUGCUGCUGAAGAGCCGUUUUAUGAAGUGGAUCGAUGGAGAAAUCGAAAACAGGCGACAACGCUACCCAAAUAAAACUGAAACCAUUUGUCCUAAAUGCCAAGGUGUCAGAUUUACUUAAAUAAUUUUGUAACUAUAAAUAUUUCAGUUUAAUAUUGUGUGGUACAUUCAAUAACUUUACAAAAUAUUUUUUGUAGACAAAAACCAAUGUUCAUAUUAAAAGUUUACAGAUAAAAAUAUAACACUAACAUUCAGUUGUUCGUUUUACACUUUUUUGGUUACAAUAAAUUACUCCUACCUGUGAAGUAGUAAGAUUUUUUACAAUAUAUGAUUCCAAGAAAUGAAGACUAAAUUAUCACUCAAUUAAAUUAACAAUUACAUUAUAAGUCCUAUUAUAUUAUAAAUAUAUAGAUAAAACGACGUCUACAAAAGACUAGAUAACAAUUUGCAGAGCCAACGAAACACAAACAUAUCACACAUGUUUUUUUUUUAUUUAUUUCCAAAUUUUACUUAGGUAUAUUUUAAUAUAAGUACUUAGUCUGUAAGUAGAAGGUACAAAAUUGCUGAUUAUUAUAUACACAUAUAUUAUAGAUAUAUUAAAAUAUAUUUUCGAUAUUUCAGAUGAUAUUAGAAAGAUAAUAUAUGUAUGAUAAUUUUAAUUGUAAAUAUAAAACGUUAUAUUGACCGCACAAUAGCUUAAGCAAAAUUAAAAACUAAUAAAGUAGAAAUAGACUAAUAGUAAUCGAUUUUUAAAAUUAGGAAAUUUUAAAAUUAGGAAAAUCAAAUGCUUAGGUACUGUGCCUUGUAUUCAUUUGUUUGUAAAACAAAGCUAUUUUAUAAUAAACUAUGCUUGGGGACCAUUGCUUUUCAUUAUAGAUCUACCUAAUAAUAUUAGAAACUUAGCACCAAUUUGAAACAAAUAGACUUUCUUUACUCGGA